CAUCAUAUAUAAACUCACAGGCUCUGUCUGCAAACAUACACAGGGGGACAUUUCUCUCAGUCAACAGUCAAUCAGGUUGAUCAACGUGAAAGUGCUGACAUGAAGCUUGGGUUGCUUGUCAUGGUAGCUGUGGCAGUUGUGCUGCCCAGCUUUUCUGAGAGCAGGAUUGUCUCCAAAUGUGAGCUCAAAGACAAGCUCGGGAAAAUGAUCAAUCUGCCCAGAAAAUCAAAGGAAAAAAUCUUGGCAAUAGUUAUCUGUGACGUGAAACGGAGGUCUGAUCUGAACACUGCUUUGGUCACAUCAUUUGGAAAGUGCACUAACACUACUACUAGACCAACUAGUACUAACUCCACCAUCAGCUCAGUGAACACAACCCUUGAGUCAAACAGCACAAGUAGCAGUGAGGAAGACAGCAGUGAGGAGGAGAGCAGGCAAAUUAACGGAGGAGUGGAAGACAGCAGUGAGGAGGAAAACUUGACGCCUUUGUCCCUCAGCCUUUACGGGCUCUUCCAGCUGUCUGACAGGAAGUUCUGUGAUUCAGGGUAUUGCCCAUCUGAAAAUUUGUGUAAUACCUCCUGCACAGCCUUUAACGACGAGGACAUAACUGAUGAUAUUGCUUGUGUUAUCCAGACUGGAUACUGGAAGGAGAUUGAGAUGACAGCCCCAGAGUCAUGUCGUCGCAACUGGAAUUGCUUCAAAGAAUGUAAAUGAAUGGCUGUGAGAUCACAGUUUAUACGUGCAGAAUCACAACUAUUUAUUCUUCAGAACCAUCUCCUGUUAGCUGUGAUCAAGAAACUGCAUGCUCCAUUACCUACUGUUACGAAGCACUAUUGUCUUUCUUUGGUGGGGGAAUCUUUCAAUAAAUAUUACUUUGCAGCAUGAAUGUAUAUUCCCAUAGUAACACCAAAGCUCACACUCUGCUGCUCUUCUUAUCACAUAACAUUAAGAGCUGUGUGGGAAACAGAACCCACCAUAAAUGAUUCCCAUAUGAAAU